GUUGCGACUGAGAAUGAAAAAAAGCUCCUCUAGAAGGGACAAGCGCAGACAGCAGCCGUCCGUUCCUCGAAGCCAACGCAACCGGGACGAUUUUGAAGCUGAUGUGGAUCACGAAAAUGAUAGAAUGCAUGUGAAGAAAGAUUCGUCCGAGACGGUACAAUCCAGCUUGAAAGUGAAAACCGGUGAUAAUCCAACGCCUGCUGGACUGCUGGAAAACGGUGCAUCAAUCAGUGGCGGCGACAGUGAACCGGCAGUGGCUGUGGUGGUGGAGAGCAAGUCGUCUGACGACGUCGUGGAUGAGAAGAGCAGCUCUCCAGCGCUUGCAGAUUCCCCGGCGUCAGAAGCAAAACACACGAUUCGAUUGGUGUCGCUCGAGAAAUUGCUCCGGCCAAGUUUGGUAGAUGCGGUAGGGAACGAGGAAGCAGGCAGUGGCAAGAGUAAACCGUCGGCAGCAAAGGACAAGCGUGUGAGCAUUAUUGAGCUGAGCGACGAUUCGGAAGAGGAACUGAUACAACAGUUUGUGAUUGUUAAACAGUCCAAGUGUAUGGAAGAUGCGGACGAAGUGGUAGGCAACAAUAGUAAACAGUCGGUAAGAAGCACAAGUGCAAAAAAGAAAACAGGAACCAACGGUGGUAGUCGUGGUGCUGCUACUACACCCAGCACAAAAGAGCUUAGCAUUGUUGUUAAACGCUUGCCGACGGAUUUAGCCCCACUAAAGAAGUCCUUUGGAUUGAGCGAAAUCCGGGACCAUCACAAUCGCGUUAUCGACAAGUUGGUGUUCGACAGCGCCUCGGAUCGGAACAGUCGAAAGCGCACCGGGGACGUUAAAGCGAAGGAAGCAAAAAAAAUGGCCAAUGAGGAGGAGCAACAAAGCAAAGCCGGUAACAGUAAGAAGGGGAAGCAGAAGCAGCAAAACAACGGUUCAGAAGAAAGUGACCAAUCGGAUGUAGAAGAAAUCACACGCAUAGAUAGCGAUUCGGAUGCACCGAUUGGACGGAACCGCACCAGAACGGAAAGCAGCAUUCCAAACGAGCGAAAGAAUACUAGAACUACGCGCAAGAGACGCGCUGUCAGCGAUAGUGAGGAGGAAAAAAGUACAGGGAAGUCGACAGCGGCGGCCACUACGAACGGUGAUGGUGACAAUACGGAUGAGCCCACCGAUGUAAGUGAUGGUAGCGAUCAGGAGUUUACUAAAAGUAACACCGUCACCAGUAGAAAACAACGUGCGGCAGAACGGUCGAAACGGGCACUCUCCUCAAACGUGGCCGCUUCCGACAGCGGUACUGAUGAUGACGACGACGGGAAGAAGGCGAAGGCGGACUUUCAAGUACGGAAGAAGCGCACCAGAAUACGGCGCAACUCAUCAUCCUCUGACGAUGAUGGAAAACCGGUGAAAAGGAAAAGAGGUCUCCGCCUAAAACGGAAGAAAAAAUCCGACAGUGAUGGUGAUUCACCGAACAAAGGUCGCAAGAACAUACGCAAACUGCUCAAAAAGGGUGAUCUGGAGGAGACGACCAAAAACGCGGAGCAGGAAGAGCGUGAACGGAAACAGCGCAUAGCGGACCGGCAAAAGCUGUACAAUCUGGUAUACGACGAGAAGCCGGAAGUGGCCACCACGCUCGAACAGCUGGUGCUUGAUUUUGACGAGGAAACAAAAGAACCGUUGCUCGAGGUGGACAAAAAGUUGGUGAAGUUGCUAAAACCUCACCAGGCGAAUGGCAUUAAGUUUAUGUUUGACGCUUGCUUCGAAAGUAUUGAGCAGAUGAAGGAAAGCAAAGGUUCCGGAUGCAUUCUGGCACACUGUAUGGGGCUGGGUAAAUCGUUGCAGGUGGUAACACUUACCCAUACGCUUCUUGCCAACGCGGACCUGACCGGUGUGGAACGUAUCCUGAUCGUGUGUCCCCUGUCGACGGUGCUAAACUGGGUGAACGAGUUCUACAUGUGGAUGAAGCAUGUCAAAAAAGGCACCGAGGUUGAGGUGUACGAAAUAUCAAAAUACAAGGAUAAUGUGACACGUGCCAACAAGCUCAUGGAAUGGCAUAACGAGGGCGGUGUGAUGAUCAUGGGAUACGAUAUGUUUCGCAAUCUGGCCAAUCCGACCGCAACACGUAUACGGAAAAAGGUGCGCGAAUCGUUGCAAACCUCCUUGAUCGAUCCAGGACCAGAGCUGAUCGUGUGCGAUGAAGGUCACUUGCUGAAGAACGAAAAAACUUCCCUCUCGCAGGCGGUUAAUCGAAUUACCACGAUGCGUCGGAUCGUGCUGACCGGAACACCGAUCCAAAAUAACAUGAAAGAGUAUUUCUGUAUGGUGCAGUUCGUGAAGCCUAAACUGCUCGGUACGUACAAUGAGUAUAUGAACCGGUUUGUGAACCCGAUUACGAACGGUCAGUAUACCGAUUCGACGCCGUACGACAUCCAGCUGAUGCGGAAACGGGCGCACGUGCUGCACAAGCUGCUGGAUGGUUGCGUACAACGCAGAGACUAUUCAGUAUUAGCGCCGUUUCUACCACCAAAGCUAGAAUUUGUGGUAUCGAUCAAGCUGACACCGGUACAGAGCACCCUCUACAAGUACUAUAUGGAAAAUCUAGCUGGCAAACGACUUAUGGAUGAUCCGACACAAAAGCGCUCGUCGAUGCUGUUUAAUGACUUUCAGAACCUGCAACGAAUAUGGACCCAUCCGCGUGUGCUGCGGUACAACAGUGAUCGAUACGAAAUUAAACAGCAGCGCAAGCGUGAUCUGGACAGCGACAAUGAAUCAGUCGGAUCGAUCAAGGAUUUCAUCGACGAUGUUUCGGAGGAGGAAAGUGCCGAGUCGACACCCGCCACGUCCGAUGACGAUUCCGAUGUACAAUCCGUGCACAAUGAAAACAGUCACGAUGGUGCCGAUUCGACCGAAAGCAGGCCGAAAGCUACUAACACUCGUAGCACCAGGAACAAUCCAAACAAUGGUAUGGGGGAAAAGGAUAAUGUUUUAUUGGACGACGUUUUGUUUGAGAAGCCAGAAAAUCCGACCGAAUGGUGGAUGCAGAUGUGUCCCGAAACGGAACUGGACAACCUUGAGCACUCCGGAAAGUUGAUCGUGUUAAUGGAAAUUCUAAAGGAAUGCGAAGCUAUCGGUGAUAAGCUACUGGUGUUUUCACAGUCCCUGUACUCGUUGGACGUGAUAGAACACUUUCUCGCUUUGCUGGAUGAAAAUAUGCAGAAAGAUGAAGAGGAUAGGGAUGAGCAGUUGAGCAAGUAUCCCGCAUCCUGGUCGUUGGGAUUGGAUUACUUCCGGCUGGACGGAUCAACGUCCAUCGAUAACCGGAACGAUGCGUGCAAGGUGUUUAACGACGAGAGCAACACACGCGCAAGAUUAUUCCUGAUUUCGACCCGAGCCGGUGGACUGGGUAUAAAUCUGGUGGCCGCCAAUCGGGUGGUCAUCUUUGACGUGUCCUGGAACCCGUCCCACGACAUCCAAAGCAUAUUCCGCGUGUAUCGAUUCGGGCAGAAUAAACCCUGCUAUAUUUAUCGUUUCAUUGCAAUGGGUACGAUGGAGGAGAAAAUCUACGAACGACAGGUUACGAAGCAAGCUAUCUCCAAGCGUGUCAUAGACGAGCAACAGAUUGACCGGCACUACAAAGAGAACGAUCUGCAAGAGCUGUACCGGUACGAUGUGGAACCGAGCGAACCCCGACCGAUGCCUAACCUUCCGAAGGAUCGUCUGUUUGCCGAGCUGUUGCAACGGUUCGAUCCGCUUAUCUACAAGUAUCACGAGCACGAUUCGUUGCUGGAGAACAAGGAGGAGGAAACACUCAACGAGGAGGAACGCAAGUCGGCCUGGGAAGAGUUUGAGCAGGAAAAGAAUCGUCCACCAGUGUCAGCGUAUGUUGGUGGAGUCUUAGGAAUGGGUGUUGGUAUGAUGGGUGGAAGAGGAGCUAAUGGACCAGUUACAUCCAGCACAACGUACGGCUUCCGCAACGAUGUGCUGCUGAAGCUGCUCAACAUUAAGGCACGGGAGGAUAAUCCGACUUUUAAUGAUGCCACCAUAAAUGCUAUGAUACCAUAUAUGAUGCAGCAACUAACGGCACAGAUGAGGGAAGGAGAAUUAACGAUGUAUAGAAGUUUAUGGGAUCUUUACUACAAGCUGGAGGUUCCAUCCGCUGCUGUAUCGCAACAGUAUGCAGCAACCUACAAUACGCUACAGCCUGGAAUGGUAGUAGGACAGAUGCCGCCGCAGCAGCAGCCAAUGAUGAUGGGCACCGGUCCGAACAUGCACUACCAGAUGAAUCCAAAUCAAACAGGCGUAAGACCGACAUUUCUGCCGCCAUUCUCGAUUCCGCUGCAAGAGCCUGGUAUUAGUGGAACGCAUAGAUUUGGUCCGGCUGGUGUUUCCGGUAUGGUUGCCGGCCCUGCUGUUGUUGGUGGUACUACUACUGUGCCAAUCGAAAAUCGAGGCCCUGUCACUAUCGAUCCCAACGUAGUUGAGCUCGAUUAG